CGCCCGCCGCCCGCCAACGGACGACGUCUCUGCGCAUGCGUGCAGCGCAUACUGCGAUUGGUCAAUUCGAAACCGCCGAAUUCGAAUCUCAAAGCCGACCGUUGCGUGUUCCAUUGGUGUGAUUCAGUGUUAGUGCUGUUGUUUUGUUGAGGACAUCCGUUACGUGAACGUGUGUGAUGUGAAAGGUAUGGAUUGAAUGGCUCAUUUAAAUGAGGGCUGCAGGGCUGCGCGGAUGAAGAGAUAAAUCUUGGAGCGUUGACCGGCAGCGGUUCGACGCCCGUGGUGCCUGUGUCCUUGCUAAACGGUACUCGUGUCCGCUUCAUCAACGUCCAUUGUUGACACUCUCCGAAACAUAAUACGAAAUCCCUCGACGUCAGUUUAAAAACGGUGAUUCGUUGCGAUGAUGUCAUUUUGUCGGGUUGCCAUCGCAAUGCGUGAAUCGUGAUGGUCUAUUGUGAAGCGUUGUUUUUAGAAAACGUACAACGUGCCUAUGUGAUGCCUAAGUGAUCGCAAUGAAUGCAUUGCAGUAACAUAGUGCAACGUGGCGAAACGUGUCAUCUCAAUAACCAACCCAACGUUAAAAGUGAUGCGUUAACUAAGUGGCAAAUCAUAGGCAAGAAAAGUGUGAAAGUGUACUCAGUGUCAAAGUGCAAUACGACUCAUGGGCUCAUCAUCCCACGGAUGCGAUGGGAGAUGAGCGGUGAAGAAGCGCUCGCGUGCGCGAUGAAGCGCAGCAAGUCGUACACGUGGCUAGCGGGGCUGCUGCGCCGCGAGCGCGAGCAGCGCGACGUCGUCGGCGCUAGCGCCGGCGCAACUGACGCGGACGACGCGCCCUGGGUGCGCGCGCAUCUCACCGCUGUCGACAGACCAGUCUGCCGCAACUGCGUGGUUUCACCGACAGGGUCAUCGCCACCACCUCUGCACGAGCAACAGUCACCACCGCCACCCGCACCACCAUCGCCAAGAGCCUUAGCCACUCUGUCCAACUUACCACCUCUAUCGUCCAACGUGCUACCUCUUUCACCCAAUUUGCAAAAUCUCCAACCCAACGUACCAACGCUACCCCCUACCAUCCCCUCGCUCCCUCCUGUCCCGUCACCCCAGCCGAGCCACAGCGGCUCCGACCCCAGCCAGUCGAACUCUCCACACCCCUACUCGUAUCCCAACAACUACCGACGCUACGACUAUCCUGGAAGUAGCUAUCAGAGUCCGCAAUCGCCACAGUCAGCCAUGAGUCUGUCACCACAUCCAAUCCCGCAAGGGAAAUUCAGAGGCUUACUGGAACACGCCGAGCGGCUGAUGAAGCCUGCAGAUCCUCACCGGCACUCGCAGAGCGACGACGACUCGGGCUGCGCGCUCGAGGAGUACACCUGGGUGCCUCCUGGCCUAAGGCCCGAACAGGUGCAUCUGUACUUCUCAGCGCUGCCGGAAGACAAGGUUCCGUAUGUGAACAGCGUGGGUGAGCGGUACCGGCUUAAACAGCUAUUGCAGCAACUACCACCGCAGGACAAUGAGGUGCGAUAUUGCCACGCGUUGUCGGAUGAGGAACGUAAGGAGCUGCGUCUGUUCAGCGCUCAACGCAAGCGUGAUGCGCUCGGCCGAGGGCAGGCGAGGCAGCUGCAUGCGCCCGCGCCCUGUGAUCGGUGCGAAGAAUCAAUGUCAGCUGGAGACAUGUGCGUGUCCGCCGCCCGCGCCGGCCCCUCUGCUCGCUGGCACCCGGCCUGUUUCGUCUGCGCCACCUGCCAGGAGCUGCUGGUGGACCUUGUCUACUUCUGGAAAGAUGGACGGCUGUAUUGUGGACGUCACCACGCGGAGAAUUUGAAGCCGAGGUGCUCCGCUUGUGACGAGAUAAUCCUCGCUGAUGAGUGCACAGAAGCUGAAGGUCGAGCGUGGCACAUGAAACACUUCGCCUGCGCGGAAUGUUCGCGACAACUCGGCGGACAGAGAUACAUCAUGAGGGAAGCCAGACCCUACUGCCUGCCCUGUUUCGAUAGCUGUUUCGCUGAAUACUGCGACGCUUGCGGAGAGCCCAUCGGAGUAGACCAGGGACAGAUGUCUCACGAAGGCCAACAUUGGCAUGCAACAGAACGUUGCUUCGCGUGCCAUACUUGCCGAGCCAGUUUAUUAGGGAGACCAUUCUUGCCACGCAAAGGAGCCAUCUUUUGUUCCAUAGCAUGUUCAAAAGGAGAGCCUCCGACACCCAGCGAUUCUUCAGGCCCUGGACCUCGACCUCCUCGAAUGUCAAGACCAAAAAGAGUGCCUUCGCCAAAGUCACCGGCGAGAACACCUCCAAGAGAAUCGUCGCCGCAUAUUGAUGCAGAUUCUGAACCUAGUGGAUCGAUAGCACCGGAAACACCCCCACCACAUCCCCCUCCGCCACCUCACGCAUGUCUUAGCCUCGAUAGAGCAUUACAAGAUUUGAAAUUAGAGCAAUCCAUGACGGAACAUCAAAUCCAACCAAGCCCAACAUCAGACGUCACCGAAGAGAGAAGAGAAGAGUCUACUGAAGAGUGGAAGCCACCACAUCCUGUUGAAGCUCAAGCAGUUGUCACUCCGGGACAUUCGUCUUCGAUGCCCGAAUUGAGUUUGGUUGAUGGCAAAGGAAGAAGACCGAGAGGAGGUAGGACAGUAAGAUUUUGUGGAGAUGACAACGAAGCUUUCGUGCCUGACGAUCCUCCUAAAAGAGAAAAGGUAAGAGAAGAUGAUGCGAGCAGUUAUUGCAGUACUUGCUCAUCAUCGUCUUCUUCUGCAGAGUCUUAUACUUUGCCUACAAGAAGAGCGUAUGGCGGAGUUCGAAUAUCCUACGUCCCAAACGAUGCAGUGGCGUGCGCGAAACGAGAACGACGCAAAAACAAUCCGCAAGACAAGAAUUGCAUAAUUUCGUGAUCUUGGGUCUUAUUAGUGCGCGACAACAACCUCCGAAUUCAAGACUGAAUUUUUGAUGAUUUAAAGCCAUAGAAAUAAGUGUUAUAAGUCUUCCCCUAAGGCAGUUCGCUGUUUUAGUGAAUAUCAUUCAAGGUUUUCAUUAAAUAAUGUGAAUUUUUUAAUCACUAAAGCAAAAAGAGUCCGUAAUUUUCAGUGUGAACUUUUACUUGUCAUAAGUCUUAACUAUCCCCGAAACAGUUUAGAAAUUGGCACGGCACUCACCACAGCGAACAGUCAUAAACAUCACAAAUAUCGCGAUACCACACGCGAACUUUCAAAUUUAUUGUUAAAAUCCAGGUGUGACGUGUCACUAAACAUGUUGUGACGACAAAUAGAUAUUUGAAAAGGAUUAAAUGAAUGGGGCUUGUGACAAAUUUGUGUGCCACGGCUUAAUGGGGACUAAAUGUGACAUGAACACCUUUGCUGGUGAUCGAUUUAAAAGGGUUGUGAUUGUAAAUGGUCGCGAUUUUUAUACUUUUAUACAUCGAUAGCGAAUUUUGAAUUGAUCGCUGAACCUUUAAAAGAAUUAUAGCAUUUUAUACUUCCUUUGUAUGUCUAUACGUAUUAUUAUAAAAUAUUUUGUGUACGCAUCUUGUAUGUUGCCAGCAGGUUACAGGUUUUG